AUUACUUGAAGAAAUGAUUGAGAUCUUAAAACCUUUUGAGAAAAUAACAAGGCACAUUUGUAGUACAAAAUACUUUAUGAUGAAUCUUUUAUAUCCUUAUAUUCAAAUGUUAAAGAAUAAAUAUGCUUCAAUAGCUAAAAAGAGUGAAUCAAGAUCUAUUCCAAAAACUCUUUCUGCCCUUAUACCCAAGAAAAGAAACUUAUUUUUGUCAAACAUGAGCAGCUUAAUAUCCAAGAAACCAAAACUUCAUGACACUAGAGCCAAAAAAAAGGACUUUGACUUGUCAUCAGAACAAAAAAAAACUCCUAUUGUAGAAGCAGAAACAGCAAACACACUAUAUUUACCAAAUAGAAACCAAGUAAAAGCAACAACCAAGGCGAUGAAAACUGAGCCAGUAAUAUAG